AUCGCUCGUCACUCAUCACAUGACCCGCGCCACUGUACUCCGGUGUAGGCCAUAUUUGACAGUGGCCCACUAGUUUAGCGACGUGAGUGACGUGAAGAUCGUUCUACGUUCGACGAUCCGUGCGACCGCCGAUUGGCAACCUGUAAAUACAUCCGCGAUCGAUUCCGACUGACCGAAAGAUCCGGCAAAUCAAGCCACAAUGAGUUCACAAGAAGAUGCAGCCCCGAUAUACUCGCCGUUCUUCGGCGUUAUGGGCGCCGCCUCUGCCAUCAUAUUUUCCUCUCUGGGAGCAGCGUAUGGCACAGCGAAGGCCGGUACAGGAAUCGCAGCCAUGUCUGUCAUGAGGCCAGAAUUAAUCAUGAAAUCCAUCAUUCCUGUUGUCAUGGCAGGUAUCAUUGCCAUUUAUGGUCUUGUAGUGGCUGUUCUGAUUGCUGGCAAUCUUGAGAAAGUUCCAAAAUACGACCUGUAUACGGGGUUCACCCAUCUGGGCGCCGGUUUGUCCGUAGGCUUCUCCGGUCUAGCUGCCGGAUUUGCCAUUGGCAUUGUCGGUGAUGCCGGUGUGAGAGGCACCGCUCAACAACCUCGUCUCUUCGUCGGCAUGAUUCUGAUCUUGAUCUUCGCCGAAGUAUUAGGUCUCUACGGUCUGAUCGUCGCCAUCUAUCUAUACACCAAGUAAACGGUCAGUAACGGCAUCCUACUACCUGCCACAUGGCUCCAUGCAAGACAUGUCGCCUGCAACCAACAGCGCUCCCCGACUACUAUUAUGCUAAAAAGAAAAAAGAAAAUUUGUUUCGACAUUUUACUUAAUCACGUUACUCCAUGCAUACCUAUCUACUUCUUACCAUCUCGGCUCAUCUCUUUACGCGUUCCUCCUCCCCUAUAAUAUCGUAAACUCAAAAAUCGAUCUAUUUAGCGUCCAAACAUUUGUAACCACACGCCAUUACCCAUCACACAAAUCGUAUAAUUAUAUCGACGAUCGAGAAAUGCGCCCGACAUUCUAUUAAUAUUUCGCGAUGCACAUCGAUGCGCGAUGAUGCAUUUCGACGCUGCGGUAUGCAAGUGUAUAGCAGAAAAAGGUAGAAAGAAAAUGGAGAACAACGGCCGACAGGGAAAUACAUAUUAUACAUAUAUGUAGAGAGAAGAUCUCCCAUGUUAAUUCCACUGUCGAACAUUUCUCUUUCAUUGUAUAGUAAUCAUCAUUUGUAGCUUAGUACGACAUUGAAUUACCAGUUAAAGUAAUCGGCUCUACUUGAGUGUAUAAAAGAAACCAUGUUAUUGAUAAAAGAAUAUUUAGCACAAUUAUAUAUAUAAAUAAUAUAUAUAUAUAUUAAAUGCGAUCGCGAAACGGCAGGUACGCGAAUAAGUAUCACGUAAGUGAACAAAAAAAAAAAAAGGAAAAAACUCUAAAGAAAUGAAAUUAUAUUAUCGGGAUAGAAAUAUGUAAGUGUAGGCGACACGCGAAUCGCGCGUGAUAAAACGGCGUAAUAUAACAAAGAGAAAGAGGGAGUGAGAGAGUGAAAUUGUACCGGACAAGAUUUCGCGUGGACGGAGAUUGUUCAGCUGAAAAAAUUAAUAGAAGAAUGAUGGAUGAAACUUUGGUAAAAAAGAAGUAUGAAUGCAAAUAAUAGUUGAUCAACAGGUACACACGAUAGUAUUAAGUAAAUUGAGAGGCUGCUGGACACGGUGAAAUUUUCGCAUUUUCACGAUUAUUCAUGGACAACGAUACGAUCGGUGCGAUAAAGGCAAGAGAAAAGUCCCGUCUAAUCGUUUACGGAAACCGCAAAGGCCAGCGGUCGACAUCCGAUUAGACGUGUGAUUUUUUUUUAUCCGGUCCACUAUACACAUAUAUAUUAUUUCCAUCAUUACGAGAGGAAAGAAACGUCGUCGUAUGUCGAUGGAGUAACGGGGAUGUGAAGAAGCUUGCGUUAAAUCAUAUAAAAGCACCGUACGUGUACCAGUAGACACAUCAUACACACAAACAUAUGUACACAAAGAGGGACAAACACACCGUAUCAUGGCGGGGAAUCACCUAAGAAGAGAGGAGUUUAUUAUAUACAUGAUAAUAACGAGAGACAUGUGUAAAUGGAGGAUAAUUCGUACAUUCCAUAUUAAGUUCGUUCAAUGCAGGCGAGCGGGCGUUUGAAAGAAAAAAAAAA